GCGUGGCCUUUUGCGGUUUGCGAACCGUGUGUUUUAGCGUGCGGAAGCGGUCGGACUGCAGAGCAGGCUUCGGGACUGUUUCCGCACGCUUGAGGGAGAGCAAGGCCCAGUGACCCACAUUCAGAGCAGUCAGUUUCUAUGUGUACGAGUGGGCGAGCGUGCGCGUAUCCUUGCCCAGCGUGUGUGUACGUGUGUGCCCGUGGGAGCCGUGUUUGUGUGUACAUACAUCUGCCGCGAGAAAUGUUUCCACCGUUGCCGCUUUUGGACAUUUCUGUGCCGCCGACGUUAACGUUUUUGUCGGCUUUUGCGAGGACCUUGCCCCGCGCGGAUGUUUAGACGCGGCUCUCUCGCGGUGUUUGCGGACCAACGGUGAGGUGUGUCUUACACAUGAAGAUUUGUCAGUGCCGGGAAGGCUAGGAUCUAAAACAGUGUGUUUUGCAUGCGAGAGACAUUCCAGAAAGUUUGGUUGACCACCAUGUCUGUCCUGCGUCCUGUUGCACUCUCGUGACCCCAAUGACCUCAAUACCACUUUUGACCGUAGAGUCAGCUUUGACCCCAAACCCUUUCUACAACCCCUGAGAAAAGACGUUAACUGACCGCGUGCAUAAGCUGCAGUGGGGCGGUCUUCCAAAUGCCUACCUCACGCCUAAAGAACAAAUCACUGCAGCCACAGCCCUGAUCAGCAGCCACCAUGACAUCAAGCAUAGGGGAUGAUUGUAGCAUCUUUGAUGGAUUGAUGGAAGAAGAUGAAAAGGACAAAGCAAAACGUGAGUCCCGAAACAAGUCGGAGAAGAAACGGAGAGACCAGUUCAAUCACCUCAUCAAAGAACUUGGCACAAUGUUGCCGGGCAACACCAGGAAGAUGGAUAAGUCCACCAUCCUGCAGAAAAGCAUCGACUUCCUUUGUAAACACAAAGAGAUCGCAGCUCUGUCAGAGUCGAGUGAGAUCAGGCAGGACUGGAAGCCUCCAUUUCUUAGCAAUGAAGAGUUCACCCAACUCAUGCUGGAGGCUCUGGACGGGUUCUUUAUAGCAAUAAUGACUGAUGGUAACAUCCUCUACGUCUCUGAGAGUGUCACCUCAUUACUAGAGCACUUACCGGCGGACUUGGUGGACCAGAACCUCUUAAACUUCCUGCCAAUUGGGGAACACUCCGAUGUCUACAAGGCUCUGUCCACACAUCCCACCGACUCAGACAGCCUUAGCACUGAUUACCUAAAGACUAAGAAUCACAUGGAGUUCAGUUGUCAUAUGCUGCGAGGGGCCAUUGACCCCAAAGAACCCCCCAUCUAUGAAUAUGUUAAGUUCAUCGGCAACUUCAAGUCUCUCAAUAAUGUUCCCAAUGUGACGAGGAAUGGUCUGGCAGGGGUGUUACAGCGGUCACUACAACCUGCCUUUGAUGACCAAGUGUGCUUUGUCGCCACAGUUCGUUUGGCCAAACCUCAGUUUAUCAAGGAAAUGUGUACAGUGGAGGAGCCAAAUGAAGAAUUCACCUCCAGGCACAGUCUAGAAUGGAAAUUCCUGUUUUUAGACCAUAGAGCUCCACCAAUCAUAGGCUACCUGCCUUUUGAAGUUCUGGGAACAUCGGGGUAUGACUAUUACCAUGUGGACGACCUGGGGACUCUAGCCAAAUGUCACGAACACUUGAUGCAGUAUGGUAAAGGGAAGUCAUGCUACUACCGUUUCCUGACUAAAGGUCAACAGUGGAUCUGGCUACAGACACACUACUACAUCACCUAUCACCAGUGGAACUCCCGACCAGAGUUUAUUGUCUGCACACACACAGUAGUCAGCUAUGCAGAGGUUAGGGCAGAACAACGCAGAGGGAUGGGAAUUGAGGAGUCUACUCCAGAAGUCACUGCGGAUAAGAGUCAAGACUCCGGCUCAGAGUCACAGCUCAAUACAUCCAGCUUGAAGGAGGCUCUGGAGCGAUUUGACCGCAGCCAAACACCCUCAACCUCCUCGCGAAGUUCCCGCAAGUCCUCAUCACAUGUCUCUGACAACACUUGCACUUCAACAGCUUCCAAGCUACACAUGGACACCGCCACGCCUCCUCUGCAGUCGCUGGCCUCCACCAUGGAGAUGACAUCACAGCGUCGCUCAUCCAUCAGCAGCCAGUCUAUGAGCUCUCAGACCACAGGACAGAGUGCAACUCCAGGCAUGAUAACGCAACAGCAGCAGCAGCAGCAGCAGCAGCAACAACAGCAACAACAACAGCAACCACAGCAGCUCCAGGCAAAUGUACAGCCGGUCAUGGAGUUCUCAGCGCAGGUGAAUGCCAUGCAGCACCUAAAGGAUCAGCUAGAGCAGAGGACCAGAAUGAUCCAGGCCAACAUCCAGCGACAGCAGGAGGAGCUGAGGCACAUCCAGGAGCAGCUGCAGAGAGUUCAGGGACAGGGGAUACAAAUGUUGCUGCAGCAGCAGGGUGGCGUGAUGAAUGUACAGCUCCCUCAGGUUGGGUCAAUCCAGCAAGCAACUGCUUUGACCAAUCAGGUCCAGCAAACAACGAUUAACCCCGUCCAUUCAGGAACUCAGCAGCUCACCAUCCAGCAGCAAGCUCCACCCCCUCAACAGAACCUACAGCAGCAAACCAACGCCCUUACACAGCCACAGCGUCAGCCUCAGCAACCUCCCCAGGCCCAGCCCCAGACCCAGGGCUCUGUAUCGGCUCCCUUAUACAACACCAUGAUGAUUUCCCAGCCAGGACAGCCAAAUGUGCUGCAGAUCAGCACCAGCCUGCCACAGAACAACACACAGCAAGGCACAGCUGUGGCCACGUUCACACAGGACCGACAGAUUCGAUUCCCAGCAGGGCAGCAGCUAGUGACCAAGCUAGUAACGACUCCCAUGCAUGCAUGUGGUGCGGUCAUGGUGCCCACCUCUAUGUUCAUGGGGCAGGUGGUUACUGCAUACAACCCCUUUGGUGGCCAGCAGCAGGGGGGGCAGCCCCAGACCCUGACUCUGCAGCCGGCCCAACCGCCCCAAGGUCAGCCCGACGGUCAAAACCAGACAGCUGUAGUGGCACAGAGUAGCCAGCAGGGGCAGCAGCAACAACAGCAAUUCCUACAGGGCACUCGUCUGCUCCAUAGUAAUCAGUCCACCCAGCUGAUACUGCAGGCAGCUUUCCCACUCCAACAACAGGGAACUUUCACCCAAGCAACACAUCCCCAGCAACCACAGCAGCAGCAGCAACAACAACAACAACCGCAGCAACAGCAGCAACAAAGACAACAACAGCAACAAUCUCACCACCAGAGGCACCAGCAGCAGCUGAAACCACAGCCCCAGAAACAACAGAAAGCCUCAUCAUCACACAGGACUGACGGUGUCAGCAGCCAACCGCAGUGAAGUGUGUGGGAAACUGUGUCGAGUGAGAAAACGUGGGGAACUGAAACUCUUAAGGGAUUGCUGCAUACGGUAGUUUUGGUUGUGUGGCUGUCACAAACUUCCUUUCCCCUAAAAUCGUUGGCCUCCCUUCCUCCAUCUGAAAGAAAUAAAUCAUAGGAAAGAGGAAAGUCUGUGAGUUCUCGAGGAACUCACCAAAGAUUGUCUCCAUGGCAACAGGAUGGAUUAAAAUCCCUGUUUCCCUUGCUGGAGGCAGGAUUGAGAGGGAGCACCAGUCUCCGUGGAGACCUGAGAAAAUAGAGAAGACAUCUUAUCGCUUCGGUAACGACCAACUCUUUUUGAAGUUGUGUCAAAAAGGACUGACCUUGUACAGAUUUACUGUAUGAUAAAAAAAAACAACUUGUAAAUAUCCAAUAUAGCCUAACGGAAAACAGAAAUGUAGUAUUUUAUAUGAUUGCAUGGAAAGAUAAUUGUGUAAGCUUUUAUUAGUCGCUUUUGAAAAAUGAAUUUUUACUUUAAGUGUUUCCUGGUCAAAGAUGGAGCAGUGAUGUGCUCGCUUAGGCCCCCUCCCCCAAGUCUCUGAAAAAAUAAGUCCAAAACGAGACUUUAAAGUUCUGUCAGUGUGUUUUUAAAAAAAAAAACAGGUUGGGCCUGUUGUUUUUUUAUUUUAUUUUAUUUUGGAAGUUGUGUUUCCCAGCACUUUCUCUGAGACAAAAAUAGCUCUUUUAACUUUGUAAUUACAAAUCAUGUUUGGCGAGCAUCUAGAUUACAGUUUAACUGAAUUAUUUGCAGGGUGAUCACUGCACGUAUAACGGGUUUAGUGAUUCCAAGUGCCAACAACAUAAGUAAUUAUCUUUUUUUUUAAAUUUCAAGCAGACUAUUCAAAGGCAUAUAUAUUUUCCAACAAGAUAUUACCCCUAAUAAAGUUAAUGCGUAUGUAUAUAGUAGGGAUUAUUUUUUAACAGUCAGAGAGCCCUAUACGUAACAAACAGUAUAUCCUCAACCCCCGAAACUUUAGCACUUGAUGUGGUUGUGUACAGUAAAUCACUGUCGAGACCUAGUUGUUUGUAGUCUGUGGUGUGAUUCUGUGAGGUAAUGUGUGGGUUUUGAGAAUACAAUCUUGGUGUGCAUGAGUGUCUGACUGGUGUGUGUGUGUGUGUGUGCGCGUGUGCAUGUGUGUGAAUGCAUGUUUGUCGCCCCUUGUGUCUUACAGUAAUUGACUUAGUAAGGAUUUGAAGUUGCUGGAUGGUACUUGUACUCUCAGGAAUGUGGAAAGUUUUUUGCUUCUGCCUCAGUCUGGAACCAGACCAGGAAGGAUUAGACAGUGAUGCUUUAAAGACCAGAGGAAGAAUUGUCAUAAAGGGUGUGGCAUCUGAAUUGAAUUUGACCCAGAUUUCUUUGAGCUUUUCUCGUUUCCUUAUCAAAACAGAAGCGGAGCGGAAAGUCUCCAAAGAGAGGAGUAAAUACGCCGUUUAGUUGAAGCUAGAUCGGAGUUGUUGAGCAGAAAUAUAGAGGAAACCCUUUUAGCUUUCACCCUGAUUGGAAUAGAUUGACUUCAUCGUUCCUGCCAAUCUGCAGUUCUGCCAGCUGUCUCAUGGUCUACUGUAUCAUCAGUGUUUCAUCCUUUCUCUUCCUAGGCCUCAGAAACCCUCAUGCAGUUCAAUUCAUUCGUCUCUCAGUUCACAAACAGCAGUUUAAAGCAGGACUGGGCCCAAGUCCAUUUUCAAAACAGAAGUGUAUUUGGGCUCGGCCUGUGUACUACAGUGAUAAGCCAUAUCAAACAGAAAAGCCUUGGAUUGGAGGAAGUGUAACGGUUGGCAAAGGAGCAUUUAGAAUGUGUUGUUUUGUCUCGGAGCGGAGUAAAGACAGCAUGUGUGGGUGUGUGUGUGUGUUUGUGUGAAUAGAGCAUCUCCUUUCUUUGAUCCUACUUCUUAUAUCACUCGGGGGUCAGUAUUGGUUUCCCCAAGCGAUAGCCAAUCAGUUCUUGCGUUGCAGUAUAAAGGAAUAAUUGUAAUUUUCAAGAAACGUCCUAUCUGGUUGGGCUCAGGAUUGUGCAAGCCUGUGUGUGGGACAGCUCAACUUGAAUACAUGUUUGUGUGUGUGACAGAGAAAGCGUGUAUGCAUGUUAACCGUCAGUGUAGCCCAUUAUAUUUUCAUAUGGAAAUGGAUGCGUGACCGGGAAAGGAUGGAUGUUGGGCAAUGCAGAGCACUGGUCACCUGUUGGGCUACAAAGAAAAUGGGUACUGUUCUUGUUUUACAUUGACAGCCUGCUCAGCAAGCAGUUAUCAGUUUAAGUACACAUCAGAAAUACUAAUCCUCAUAGAUAAAUAUAGAUUAAAUAGCCAUUUGUGUGACUUAGCAGGAUCAAGUCUGUCUGACUUUGUCCACAAAUAAGGAAUAGCAGAGAGAUUUCACAUGCAGGCUCUUACUGUUUGAACCGGGUCUUCCACCCGUCACAUAGCAAAUGUAGAUCCUCUAUAGCCUAGUUUGUGUUUAACCCAUAAGAACCCAGACCCAUUUUUCCUUAAAGGACUUAAUGAGUUAAGGUCAGACAUAAAGCUUUACAAGGAAGAGACUGGGGCACUCAAAGUGCUUGUUACACUGGUGUCACCGUGGGUUCUUAUGGGUUAAGGCCUCACUCUGAAGGGUAAUGCUGAAAUGUUAAUAGUUUGUGUCACUGAUACCCAGCCCAAAGAAUGUAAAGGUGUUUUUAAAGAGACUAAUGGAUGUUGUAACCGUAAAUUAUGGGGAACUUUUAGACAGGCUUUGUGAUGAAGGAAAAGGAGGGAAAAACUACAAUUCUCACUGCAAGAAUCCACACAUGGCAACCUGAAAUACAGUCUUACUUACUGGCUUUGCAUUGUACAAGAACCCUUUGAAUGUUUCACCAUUUCAAGUUUUAUUGGUUUGUUUUUGCAGCACUAUGUUUCUGACAUCUGGUGGGUAAAAAAAAAGAAAAAGUUCACAAGUUGUUAAAGGUUGAGGAGUAGGAUAUUUCACAUGGGACCCCAUUGACAAGACGGCAAGCCCCUCUCCCCCCUUUCCGCACAGAUACACAGAUCACCCUUCCACGUUUGGUUCUACAAAGUUCUAGUAUAAUACUGUACACAUACACAAAGCUAAGAACACCAGUAUUCAUUGUAAAAUGGUGCUAUGCUUACCUGUACUGUAUGUAUGUAUGUAUAUCCCUUCUUCUGCUCUUAAACUGUGCUCCUUUAUCUUCCCCAAAGUCAAAUGUAAUAAUAAUCAAUAUUUUGAAGCAAAAUGUUUCCUAUUAUUAUAACCCCCCUUUCUCCUCUUGGGUCAAUUUGAAAAUAAUAAUAAAAAAAACAGUUGCAGAUAUUAAACGUGAAA